AUGGGAGCCGCACAAUCAGCGGAGGACACAAAACAGGACGCAGGAGCAGGAGCAGAAGCGAAAGCGGUUGACGGAGUAGAUGUUCAGAAGAAAGAUUCCGGAGAAGCAGCUGUAGGCGAUGGUGCCGCGGGAGCAAUGGUCUUGGAGAAGGCGGAGGCUCUGAUGGAGCCAGAAAAGCAGAUGACUGAAGCCUUGAAGCAGAGCGAUCUCAAGAAACAAGUGAAGACCGUCGUCAGGACGGAACAAAUUGUUUUCGAAUGCGAGAGUCCGAGCUACAUCAAACAGCUGGCGACUAGACUCGCGGCGUACAUGGACACCUGUAAGGCCGGAGACUCCGGCCGAGAAGCGGGGAAGCUCUUCACCGGAGCAAUCGACAAGAUGAUCAAGAAUCCCACCGGUAAGAAGCAAGCUCAAAAAAGCAAGAAGUCUGCCAAUAAGUCGGGUAAGCGCAGCUGGUUCCCGUGCGGUCAGUCGAAUGUUAAGCACGUCAAGAAAGACGUCCUGGAGAAAAGUGGUGCGAAAGAGGCGCUCGAUAAACUUGAUUUAAGUAAGCCUGCACUCCCUGCUGCCGCAGCUGGCGGGUGGUGUCCUCCGUGCGCGCCCUCUAACCGCUCGGGUGAACUCGAGAAGAAGACUUCGGGCUCUAAGAAGUCGAGCAAAGCUAAGUCCGGUGAAGGGUCUAAGGCAUCGUCGAAGAAGCCCAGCAAGAUCCCGGGGAGUGAUGCUGCGAAAGCUGGGAGAAAACCCAAAGGGACCAAGAAAGUCGAAGAAGUCAAGCAAGUCGAAGAAGAAAUCGUCGAAGAAGUCAAGCAAGUCGAUGAGGAAAUCGUCGAAGAACAAGUCGAGGAAGUCGAGGGGCUCAAAAAAAUCGAAGGAUCAGAAAGUUUCGAAAGGGACGAAAAAGACGAAAAAGUCGAGGAAGACUGGAUAUACAAGUCGGAUCCCAUGCACGGAUAUCCGCAGCUCGGCCACCCAGUUGUAAGAGCUCUCAGAAAGAGCUCUGUGCAUAAGCUAUUCCAAAUCGACGAAGGAAACGCCACCCAGUACCUGUUUUUCGAACAGUUCGGCGUGACUACGAAACCGCACGGCCAUCGAGUAUUGAGUGUUCAAAGCUGUCGAAAAAAAUUGGGUCAUUCAUUCGUCUACUCUUUUGACUCGACCGUUUUUCGUCUCGCCAUACCUCAGAAUUAUAGAGAAAGAUCCUUCGCUACCCUGGUGUUCUCGAGAUCUGCGAGCAUGCUGGUCAUCGGAGCUCUGGCCCCGUCGGUCGCCGUCUGCAUUUACGUUGCUGCCACAUCAAGAAUCACAACCGACAAGCUCUUCGAUCGAAUACUUGACAAAUUCGACGUUUUCAUAAACGCCUUCACCUUCUGCGUGAUGCGAUUUCACUCUCAUCUCGGAGAGCUCAAUUUCCCGUCGAGAAUUGCCUUCGCGUUCGCCGCAUAUUACAGCGUCAUUUUCUUGAAUGUACUCCAAGGUGAAGUUGUUUCUUCAUCUCAAGGGUCACGCAUCCCGGAAUCUCGCUGCUCCUAUGACUACUGCGCGAACGUCGACGUUAAGAGCUUGCUCAGAUCGAGAAAGGAUCGAGGUAAAGACCUGGCCUACAGCUUUGUUGCAUCGGAGUCCGGGACCAUCGGUCCUCAGCCACCUUUGCGUAAGUGUCGACGCCGAAAGAAAGAACUGCAGGAAGCGCACCACUCGAUCGCCUUUGGGAAUGAAACGCUCCUCGCUCUGCUAUACCUCGGGAGAGGUAUCUGUGGAAGGUCUGACCUGAUGAGGAUACAGGCAAAUUCAAUCAAGUCGAGGGGUUUGCUCCUAGAGGAGGGACUUUCCCUCGAGGAGAGAUCCACUCAGCUGUGCGCCGAUUUCUAUGUUCCCUGGAUUCUGCGGAGAGCGCUAGAAAACUCGCUGUUCGCUUUCUCUUUCUUUGAUAUGCAGGGUGGUUUCAAUCAGAAACACGACCAGCGCGAAAUCGAAUACUGGUCCAGAGACGAUGCGCAGAUCAGGCGGGUGAGACUUUUCUUAAAAGAGAACCAACAAUAUCUCAGGAAACUGUAUGCGAAGCUGAGGAUGUCCGGCAGCGACGGCACCACCUCGUUAACACUUAUGUCGCUCAAGGCCUUCUUGUUUGUCACCCUGAUCUUGAUCCUCAUCAGUGUGGUGGUUCUCGUUCUGGAAAAAUGGAGGAACCUCUUUCUUCGCCUAGGGAGCUCUUCGAAGCUCCGGACACAGAGCAAAUGGAAAUGCUUAAUCGAGGAAGUAUUCACCGAUUCCGACAUUAAGGACGGAUCGGUGAAACCAGGAGCCAUAUUGGCCAAUGAAACGUGGCUGAUGAAUGAAGAAUGUCCUCCACAAAUUCCCCAGUGCGAGUGGUUCGGGAGCAACCGCGAGGAGGAAACAGGGAAACACGUGAAAGCCGGUUUGGGUUUUCUCAUCCCGGGUGAUCUAGGUCGAGUAAUUGCCUUGAGGACAGAAAUUCGAGGAUCGGAAUGGAUUUCCGAGUCAGUGUACGUAGCCCACGAGAGAGGACGACAAAAUGGUCAGCUCUUUGAGGCCAUGACAGAAUACCUGCACCAAGCAUGCAGUGGGGAGACGCACGUAGUGAUUUGGUGUGACAUGAAUGCCCACAUAAACCAAUUCGCAGAAGUGGAAAAUUCCAGAGCCUACAGGAAACUCAGAGGUAUGGAGAUUGAUGAGGAGAGAUUGAGAACCCAGAUCUCAGACCACAGUCUGAUAACAGCUGAGUUCAUGAUCGAGAUGAGGAAUGUCCUAAACAUAUCGAAAGCCGAAGGGAAACCUAGAGCCAUGGUAGACAGAACCGGAGCGAGCAUAGAAACCAAGGAGACCCUGAGAAAGGAGAUGCUGGGCGAUCGGUCGGCUAUGUACGGAACUCUUGGGGAGCAAUAUUAA